AUGGCGGGAACCCGCUCCGUCGUCUUCCUCGACGCCGGCCUCGCGAUGCUGUUCGUCGCCAACGUCGUGCUGCUGCUCUGGGCGCUGAACCGGUGCUGCCGAGCACAAGCCUCGUCCCGCGUAGUCGGGGAGCGCGCGGAGGAGGAAGGCGGUGGCGGCCUUUCGGCCGAGCAGGUCGGCGAGCUUCCGUGCCACGAGUGCAAGGAGGGGCCCGGCGGCGGCGAGUGCGCGGUGUGCCUGGAGGCGUUCCGCGCGGGCGACCGGCGCAGGGUGUUGCCGGGUUGCGAGCACGGGUUCCACGCGGAGUGCGUGGACACGUGGCUGCGUAAGAGCCGCCGGUGCCCCAUCUGCCGCGCCGCGGAGGUGGCCGGUGAGGGCAAGAACGCCGGCGAGGUGGAGGAGGCUACCGCCGUGGAGAUCGUUAACGGAAGAUAG